UUCUUUUCGAGUCUGGUGUUGCUUUUGGCUAGUGCUCUUUCGCAAACACAUUUUUCUCGCUCCGUAGUUUUUCGAUUCUACAGUCGGUGUUAGUUCGUGUGAUUUUCGCAUAAAAAUCCUUUCGGGUAGUGCCGUUGCAUACGUGUGAUAUUUUCAGCAAGUCGGAAUCCACAAUUCCCGGAUCGUUCCGUCGGAUUUCUCCGUCGUCGGUGGUUUGUGCUCGUGUCGUCGCGAUCCGCGUUUCGUUUCGGUGUGUGCAGUGCGGCGUGGUGGAAAAGUGAUUGCGUUGCGUUUCUGCUGUGUUCGGCUGCUGCUGCUGCUGCUGCUCCCGGUUGAGUGACAACAAGGAGACAGGAAUCCCAAAGCAAAGGACCUUACAUACCUAUCUAUAUCCUUGACUGUGUGUUGGGGUUGCGUGGGUGGAAUUGCAUUCCGUGAACGGUACCGGCCUGCGACCGCCAGUCAGUGUCUUCAAGCUGAGUUCCCUCGGUAGCAAUCGUCGUCGUCAGCAUCGUUGGUGCCGGAGGUGUUCCCAGGUUGCGAGUUCGAAACCGAGCAACAGACGAUGGGUAAGGCGAAGAAAGGCAAGAAGGAUUCCGCCGCCGUGGCCGCUGCUGGCGAGGAUAACUCCGACGUCGAGGUGAAGCAAACCGAACUGACCGAGACGGAAGUGGAGAAGAACAUCAAGAAUGACAAGAAAAAGAAGGAGAAAAAGCCUAAGAAAAUUGAAAGUGAUGGCGAUGGAGACGAAGACCUAGAAGAGGUCACCGAAGCGGUCAAGAAGCUCUCCGUCAAACCGGAGAAAAAGAAAGCUUCGAAGAAGCCGGCUGCUAAGGAAGAUGACGAUGAAGACGGUGCUGAGGAGCAGGAAGAGGAAGACUCUAAGAAGUCCAAGGGCAAGAAGAAGGGCAAGGCCGGAGGCGGAGGCCCGGUCGGAUUUUCCCUUUUGAUGGCUGACGACGAUGACGAUGAUGAGGAAGUCCAAGAAGCCAUCCGGGACGACGAUGAUGAUGACGAUGACGAGCCCAAGAAGGGAAAAGCUAAGGGUGGCAAAAAGCAGCAGGCUAAAGAGGCAGAAGAUGAACCUCAGCAGAAAGGUGGCAAAAAGGGGAAAAAGGCCAAGAAGAAGAAGGGUGGUGACAGUGACGAUGAGGACAUCGAAAAAAUGCUUGCUGAACUGGAAAUGGAAUAUGCUGGUGUAAAACCUCCUCCUGGCGAAGAACCUGCCGUCCAGGAGCCUAAGGAAGCCGAGAAGAAAAAAGAUAAGAAGGAUAAGAAGAAAAAGGAAGAAACUCCUCCAGCUGAUGAUGCGGAACCAGCUGACGAAAAGACCGAUGGAGAAAUUCACAUAAAGACGGCUGCCGAGAAGCGCAAAGAGAAGAAAGAACGUCAGAAGAAGGAGGCUCAGGCUGCCAAGCAGCAGGAAAAGGAAGCCGAGGCUUCCAAACCUGAACAGAAAAAGGAAGAAUCGAAGGAGCCUACGCCCGCACCGGAAAAGGAAGAGUCUGCUGCUCCUGCUGCCGGUGAAGGUAAAAAGAAAAAGAAGAAAGGCAAGAAAGAAGAAGGUGCUGAGGUUGCAGCAGAGGAGAAACCAGCUGAAGUGCCUGCUAAACCAGCUGAUGCGGCUGGCAAAGCCGGUGAUGCUGCCAAGGAUGGCGACAAAAAGAAGAAGGGUCCCAAUAAGGCCGCCAUUGCUCUGAUGCAGGAGCGUUUGAAGGCAAUCCGUGAGGAGGAGGAACGUCUUAAACGCGAAGAAGAGGAGAAGCAGCGGCUAGCGGAGGAAGCUGAACGUUAUCAUCAGGAACAGCUUCGCUUGGAACAGGAGAAGAAGGAACGCAAGAAGCAGAAGGAAAAGGAACGUAAGGAGCGUCUGAAAGCCGAAGGUAAACUCCUGACCGCUAAGCAAAAGCAAGAUCGCAUGAGAGCGCAAGCUAUGUUGGAAGCAUUGAAGGCGCAGGGAGUGGAAGUUCCUGAAGUAGGUGUAGAGAAAAAGGUACGGCCAGGUACUCGUCUGCGCCCGAAGAAGAAGGAUGAUGCUAACAAGGAAGAGGAAAACAAAGAAUCUAGUCCAACUGAGGAAGAGUUGAAGGCCGAAGCAUUGAAGGCAGAAGAAGCGAAGGAUGAAGUGAAAGACUCUUGGGACGCAUCUGAUAGCGAGGAAGAAGCCAAAGAAAAAGAACCUGAGAAGCCGGCCGUGAAGGAAGAACCGAAACCUGCACCAGCUUCUAAACAAGUUAAGAAACAAGAAUCAGUUGACGAUGAUGAAGAAACUGAAUCAGAAGAUGAAGAUUCAGAGGAGGAAACUGAAACUGAAAGUGAAUCGGAAGAAGACAAUCGUCCAGAGGCUGAAAAGAUGCGUCAACGAGCCAUGGAACGUAUAGCCAAGAGAACUCAAGAAGCUGAGAAAAAGAAAUCACUAGAUGUUCUUCGAGCGGCUGUCGUUUGCGUACUUGGUCACGUAGAUACCGGUAAGACUAAGAUUUUAGACAAGCUCCGUCGUACAAAUGUCCAGGAUGGUGAAGCGGGUGGUAUUACUCAACAAAUCGGUGCCACUAACGUUCCAAUCGAGAACAUUAAGGAGCAGACCAAGUUUGUCAAAGGCUACUCUGAAACGACCUUCAAGCUGCCUGGUUUAUUGAUCAUUGACACACCCGGCCACGAAUCUUUCAGUAACCUUCGAAACCGUGGAUCAUCGCUUUGCGACAUUGCUAUCCUCGUAGUUGAUAUUAUGCACGGUCUCGAGCCGCAAACCAUUGAGUCAAUCAACCUUCUGAAAUCCAAGCGAACUCCUUUCGUUGUAGCAUUGAAUAAGAUCGAUCGUUUGUACGAUUGGAACACCAUGAAUCGGAAGGACGUUCGGGAUAUUAUCAAAGGUCAAGCUUCCAACACACAGCUGGAGUUCACACAGCGCACAAAGGACGUUAUCGUCCAAUUCGCCGAGCAGGGAUUGAAUGCUGCCCUGUACUACGAAAAUCCGGACCCCAAAACCUACAUCUCCUUGGUUCCUACCAGUGCCAUCACCGGCGAAGGCAUGGGAAAUCUUCUUUUCCUGAUUGUCCAAUCGUGUCAGAAGCAGCUGGCUAAGCGCUUGAUGUUUAGUGAAGAUCUCCAAGCGACCGUACUCGAAGUCAAAGCAAUCCCCGGCCUGGGAACGACAAUCGAUGCCAUCCUGAUCAACGGAAAGCUCCGAGAGGGCGAAACCAUGAUUCUGGCCGGUACGGAGGGACCGAUUGUGACUCAAAUCAAGGCCCUGUUGAUGCCGCAGCCAAUGAAGGAGCUUCGCGUGAAGAAUGCCUACAUCGAGCACAAGGAAGUGGUGGCCGCUCAGGGAGUGAAGAUCGCCGCUAAGGAACUGGAAAAGGCAAUUGCCGGUUUGAAUCUUCAGAUUGCGCAAAAACCAGAUGAAGUGGAAAUUUUCAAGGAUAUUGUGGCACGUGAUCUUAAGUCGGUGCUGAGCAGUAUCAAGCUUAGUGAACGUGGUGUGUACGUGCAGGCGUCAACGCUGGGUUCUCUGGAAGCUCUGUUGGAAUUCUUGAGGACGUCUAAAAUUCCGUAUUCUGGCAUUCGAAUCGGUCCGGUCGUAAAACGUGACGUGAUGAAGGCUUCAACUAUGCUGGAACACGAGAAUCAAUACGCAACGAUUCUGGCCUUCGACGUCAAGGUGGAACGUGACGCGCAGGAGCUCGCCGACAGCCUGGGCGUGAAGAUAUUCCAGGCGGACAUCAUCUACCAUCUGUUUGAUAAGUUCAUGGCCUAUCGGGAGGAGAUCAAGCAACGCAAACGCGAGGAGUUCAAAACGGUGGCGGUGUUCCCGUGCAAGCUUAAGAUUUUACCCCAAUUUGUGUUCAAUUCUCGGGAUCCAAUUGUGAUAGGCGUUAUAGUCGAAGCCGGAAUAGUGAAAGAAGGAACGCCCAUUUGUGUGCCAAGUAAAGAGUUUGUUGACCUGGGCGUGGUGACGUCGGUCGAGGCUAAUCACAAACAGAUUGAGACCGCCCGCAAGGGACAGGAGGUGUGCAUAAAGAUUGAGCCGCUUCCGGGCGAGACGCCCAAGAUGUUCGGGCGACAUUUCGACGAAAAUGAUAUGCUAGUUAGUAAGAUAUCCCGUCAAAGUAUUGAUGCCUGCAAGGACUACUUCCGAGAUGACCUGCUGAAAUCGGACUGGGCCCUGAUGGUGGAGCUGAAGAAAACUUUCCAGAUUUUGUAGUUUGGCAGCGUAAUCGGUUUUAUUCUAUUUUUGCCUCAUUGUGUUCGUCGUUUUGAUUCCAGCGAGUCUCUAACAUCCAUCGUCGGACUCAUAGUCAAACCACGGACAUUUUACCGAAUUGUAGAAUAAGCAUGCCGCUCUCGAUGGAGAUGAAAAAAAAGUCUAGUGAACGUUUUCCAAUUUGUUUAGUCGUAACAAUCAGCUACUGUACUCUGAAUACCCCAAUAAUUUUACUUAACACAGUUUUACUGCUAGGUAUUUAAAAAAGAAAUCAACUGUUUGACAUCGUUUCCGCAGAUUCUAGUUGUUUUGAAAGUUUUCAAUGGUUUGUUUUUGGUUAACCGCCGCCACCUGGCGCGCCUGCUAACCCUAGCUUUAGGAAGAACUUGUGAUUGCUAGCUGUUUUUUUUUCAUUGAAUGAACGACGACAGGGAAUGAUUGUUCGGAUUCUUACACUGAAAGUUAUUGCGCAUAAGAUCUUGUAAUAAAAGAAAUCAACAAAAA